AUGCGGUCCCGUUCAAACAGCAAAAGCAAGACGGAUGUGUGGGGGGUGAGAAACAGGUAUCAGAGUGCGGAAAGCAAGACCGUUCCGCGAGAAAUUUUGAUGUGCAUGAAGCAAGGUCAAUCCUGCUGUGCAGAUGCAGCGUGUGCAAAUAUCAGGUUGUGA